AUGUUACAGAGAUUACGUUUGUCUCUUAAGUCUCCUACUAUCUAUCUAUCUAUCUAUCUAUCUAUCUAUCUAUCUAUAUAUCUAUUUCAGUCUGCUCAUAUCUAUCUAUCUAUCUAUCUAUCUAUCUAUCUAUCUAUCUAUCUAUCUAUCUAUCUAUUUCAGUCUGCUCAUAUCUAUUUAUCCUAUUUCAGUUUUCUCAUAUCUAUCUAUUUUAGUCUCAUCAUAUCUAUCUGUCUAUCCAUUUCAGUCUGCUCAUAUCUAUCUAUCCAUUUCACCAUUAGCCAUCCAGCUUGUAUUGGUUACAGCCUGAUUGAUAUCCCAGAGCAGCAGACAAAACCAAGCCCACCACCAGCCCCGGAUAAAAAGACAAGUAUUCCCCGAGAGUACUUGGAACAUUAUGUCUUCCCAAUUUUAGAACCUGCUUUAACUGAAAUGUUAAAACAAGCCAAAAUUGAAAAAUGCUUUGAGCGAAAAAGGACCAAAUUUAAUGCUUGUGACUAUAUAACAGAAUAUCUUUACAGAAAUAACAAAACUUUUAAGAACAGAGACAAUGUGAAAUUAAGGGAUAUACCAUUUGUUAAAGAAUGGCUUAAAGAACACCCUAGGCCACCAUUACCAAAGUCUUUGCUGUGGACAGAAGAUGAAGCUGCUGUGGUCAUUCAGUCAUUCUGGCGGGGAUAUCUUGUUCGUCGAUUAAAAGAAAUUCAGGAAUUACGACAAUGGCAGCGUGAAUGGCGUGAAGAAAAUCAAGGAAUUCAUGCCCAGGUUAAUGAUUUCUGGAAGAAGAAGAUGCCAGGUUGGCAACAAGUGACUCCAAGCAGUUCUACUGAGAACCAAUUGGUAUCUAUGUCUUAG